GCUUUCAACCAGCCCAUUGGUGAUUGGGAUGUGUCUAGCGCGGAACUAAUGGGUGAGAUGUUAUCUGCCGCAGAAAGUUUUGAUCAACCUAUUGGUGAUUGGAAUGUGUCAAGGGUGAGAAACAUGGACGACAUGUUUUCUGAUGCAAUAAGGUUUAACCAGCCACUUGACAAAUGGGAUGUGUCAAGCGCUACAGACACAAACCUGAUGUUUGCCAACGCAAAAAGUUUCAAUCAGCCCAUUGACCUUUGGGAUGUGUCGAACGUGAAAAACAUGAAUGAGAUGUUUGUUGAUGCAACCAGUUUUUAUCAGUGCCUCUCAACAUGGGCCAGCAAGACUCCGGUGGAUGUUACUGUGACAAGAAUGUUUAGGAAUAGUGGCUGUCCCCAGCAAAUGGAUCCAGAUCCAUCGCUAGGACCCUGGUGUCAAGUUGAAAGUGAAUUCUGCAUUGCUCCAGAUCCAGGACCUGAAGAAAUUCCGGCACCAACUCCAGGUCCAGGUCCAGAUAUCCUCUCUACUUGUGCUGACAGUUGUCCCAAUGGACGCCCUGUCAUCAAUGUUUCUGGUUCCGACUUUCGAGCCCUCAUUAGCAAGUGUAGUCCCAAUGAGUGGUUUUGCCCAUAUGAUGUUCCACUGAACUGCUGGGACACAUCGCGUGUCACUGAUAUGUCCAAUGCCUUUGCAGCACGUAAAUUUUGGCCAGGAUCCUUCAACGAGCCCCUAAAUUGCUGGGAUGUAUCAAGUGUGACAAGCAUGUAUGGUAUGUUUUUUGCCCAGCCUUCUUUCAACCAGCCCAUUGGUGAUUGGGAUGUGUCCAGAGUGAGAGACAUGGGCAACAUGUUUGAUAAAUGUGACAAAUUCAAUCAGCCCAUUGGUGAUUGGGAUGUGUCCAGUGUGACAAACAUGAGAAUGAUGUUUGAUGACACUGUUGCAUUCAACCAGCCCAUUGGCAAUUGGAAUGUCUCGAGCGUGAGAGAUAUGUCUGAAAUGUUUCCAGGAUGGGACCACCAGUUCAAUCAACCCAUUGGUGACUGGGAUGUCUCGAGGGUGACAGAUAUGAGUUCUAUGUUUAUGCCCAAUCCUGGUUUCAACCAGCCCAUUGGUGACUGGGAUGUGUCAAAGGUAAAAAGUAUGAGUGGUAUGUUUGCUGAUACAUCAAGUUUUAACCAGCCCCUUGACAAAUGGGAUGUGUCGAGCGUCGGAGAAAUGGCGGUUAUGUUUGACAGGGCUUACAGUUUCAAUCAACCCAUUGACCUUUGGGAUGUCUCAAGUGUCACCACUAUGAUGUGGAUGUUUCGCAAUGCAACCAGUUUUGAUCAAUGUCUCUCAACAUGGGCCAGCAAGACUCCAGUGGAUGUUGGCUUAAAAGAGAUGUUUAAAGAUAGUGGUUGUCCCCAGCAAAUGGAUCCAGAUCCAAGACUAGGACCCUGGUGUCAAGUUGACAGUGAAUUCUGCAUUGCUCCAGAUCCAGGACCUGAAGAUGAUGAUAUUCCGGCACCAACUCCAGGUCCAGGUCCAGAUAUCCUCUCUACUUGUGCUGACAGUUGUCCCAAUGGACGCCCCGUCAUCAAUGUUUCUGGUUCCGACUUUCGAGCCCUUAUUAGCAAGUGUGGUCCCAACGCAUGGUUUUGCCCAUAUGAUCUUCCACUGAACUGCUGGGACACAUCGCGUGUCACUGAUAUGUCCAAUGCCUUUGCAGCACGUAAAUUUUGGCCAGGAUCCUUCAACGAGCCCCUGAAUUGCUGGGAUGUAUCAAGUGUGACAAGCAUGUAUUCUAUGUUUUUUGCCCAGCCUUCUUUCAACCAGCCCAUUGGCGAUUGGGAUGUGUCCAGAGUGAGAGACAUGGAAUAUACGUUUUCUCUUGCUCAAAAUUUCAAUCAACCCAUUGGUGAUUGGGAUGUGUCCAGUGUGACAAACAUGUAUGGUAUGUUUGAUGGCACUUUUGCAUUCAACCAGCCCAUUGGCAAUUGGAAUGUCUCGAGUGUGCAAGACAUGGCAGUCAUGUUUCCAGGAGGAGACCACCAGUUCAAUCAACCCAUUGGUGACUGGGAUGUCUCUAGCGUGACAAAUAUGCGUUGGAUGUUUGUUGGCAAUGCUGGUUUCAACCAACCCAUUGGUGACUGGGAUGUGUCAAAGGUAGAAAUUAUGGCUGGUAUGUUUGCUCAGGCAUCAAGUUUUAACCAGCCCCUUGACAAAUGGAAUGUGUCGAGCGUCGGAACAAUGGUGCUUAUGUUUGACAGGGCUUCUAGUUUCAAUCAACCCAUUGACGUUUGGGAUGUCUUUAGUGUCGACAAUAUGUUUGGGAUGUUUCGCAAUGCAACCAGUUUUGAUCAAUGUCUCUCAACAUGGGCCGUGAAGACUCCAGUGGAUGUUGUCUUAAAAGAGAUGUUUAAAGAUAGUGGCUGUCCCCAGCAAAUGGAUCCAGAUCCAUCACUAGGACCCUGGUGUCAAGUUGAAAGUGAAUUCUGCAUUGGGGAACCUGGACCUGAAGCUGAUGAUCUGGUUGCCAACCCUUUUUGCAGCAUUGGGAGAGAUUUCCAAAUGAAGGGCAAAACGAUCACCUGCAUAGAGCUGAAAAACUUCGGCAGCAAGAAGAGAAAAAGAGUGUGCAGGAAGGAAAAAGCCAAGGAGGCCUGCCCCGGGAUUUGCGACCGCCGUUGCUUUUGCAAGGACAAGACCGCCUUCCAGAUCAAACCCAACAGGGACAACGACUUUCAAGGAAAAUUCCGGUGCAAGAACGUAAACAAGGACCAGCAGCCCUCCUGCACCAACAUGGCAUCCAUGGAGAUGAUGGUCGGGGAUCUGUGUCCCGUAACGUGCAACUUUUGUUUUUGAUUCGGGCCACCGAGGCACGAUGCGGGACCGAUGCGUCUUCUUGGUGGUCAAACCACCCGCCACAAGCAACGAUCCGAGACUCGUUUGGUCGGAGAAACCCGGGGAGUGCGACGGUGGAUCCGACGAGCCACAGCAGACAGACAGACAAUCCGUUCAUCCGGGCAACGGCUAGUGAUAUCCAUGUAAAUAUUCAAAAUAUUUGUCAGCAAUCAUGGGCAUCCGUGCAAGCAUUUUUCUCGUGUGACAAAACAUAUCCGUGGUCGUUUUGCGGUCGUUCGUUUUUGUUUGUUUACCAAGCGUUUGUUUCGAAAGCAUUUUUGUGGCCGUCUCCUUGCACUCUCCCCGUCAGAGAAUCGAGACGAGGGAGAGGAUGGCGACAAAUCCACGAAACAAAACGAAACGAAUCCGAUCCGAGUCGGGAGCAGCCCGAUCGUGGCGUGGCGGGGAUGCGAGAACGCGUUGCGUCGUUCGUUUGGUGCACUCCCGGGCAUAGCGGCACGGGUUCGUCUUUUGUGCGCCUCGUGUGGCACCAAUCCAUCUCUAGCAGACAAAAAAAAGUCGGACGCUAGCAAUCUAGCCCGCCAGCCUGUUCGUUCGUUCGUUCGUUCGUUCGUUCGUUCGUUCGUCUUUUUUGUGGCUCGAAGCGUCGUGGUUUGCGCCGCGAGAACGGGCAGCGAGGAGGAUUGGCGGGUGGCGGCGCUCUGACCGAGCCGGUUCCGUCCGUGGCGGAAUCGCUGGUUCGCAAUCCUUUGUUGCCGUCGUUGUUGUUGUCGUUGUUGUUUUCGUCGCACCCGGGUGUUCCGAUCCACGGCCGUGCCGGUACACCGGCGGCCCUGCUACCGUCCCGCGUUGCGGACCCGGCCGAAAACAAGACGCGUGUUCAUCCUUCAGUUUCAAAUCAUCCGCUGCGUCUUCAAAAGCUUCCUGAAUAAAGAACAAUUCCUGUA